UGAGCUCGGAAGAGAUUGCAAAAGCCGCAAAAGCGUCUUUCGAAGAAUCCCAGCUAAUUACAUCCGCUGAACGUGUCAAGGCGUUAGAAUCCAUUCGCAGUACCUUGGAGCUUCACAAAGCAGAUAUCCUGGCCGCAAAUGCCGAAGACCUUAAGGCUGCGCAAGCAGAGGUAGACGCUGGCCGCAUGUCGGAAUCCCUCCUCAAGAGACUGGAUCUGGGACGCGGCGACAAAUGGGACUCCAUGCUGCAGGGCAUUGCGGAUGUUGCUGCUCUGCCAGAUCCCACUGGAAUUGUCACGUAUGCGACGGAGCUCGAUGACGACCUCGAGCUGUACCGUGUUUCGUGCCCCAUCGGCGUUCUACUAGUAAUCUUUGAAGCUCGUCCGGAGGUUGUGGUGAAUAUUGCGGCACUGGCCAUCAAGUCCGGCAACGCAGCCAUUUUAAAAGGCGGAAAGGAGUCCAACCGGACGACGCUGCUCCUCUCUAACGCCAUCUCAGCGGGGCUAGCUGAGACAGCCAUCCCCGAAAAAUAUAUCCAGGCGAUUCAGACGCGGGCUGAGGUUGCGUCGUUACUGGAGCUGGAUCAAUACAUCGACCUAGUCAUUCCGCGUGGGAGCAACAGCCUGGUGCGGAGUAUCCAGAACAGCACACGAAUCCCUGUUAUGGGACACGCCGACGGCCUGUGCUCUGUCUAUCUUGACGAGUCGGCCGACGAGGAGAAGGCGGUUCGGGUUGUGGUUGAUUCCAAGGUUGAUUAUCCCUCAGCUUGCAAUGCCGCGGAAACACUUGUCAUUCAUGAAUCGCUACUCCAGACAAUAUGGCCAGCUGUGGGCAAGGCGCUCCUGGAAGCGAAUGUCCGGUUGCUGUGUGAUCCAGCUACGUUCGGUGCGCUACAGCGUUUGUCCCCCGCCCCCUCGAAUUUCCAGUCGCACGUCAAGCCCUCAACACCGGAAGACUAUUCGACUGAACACCUUUCCCUUGUCAUCUCCGUUAUUGCUGUCCCAUCACUACAGGCUGCUAUCCAGUUCAUUAACUCACAUUCGUCUCAUCAUACGGAUUCUAUCCUCACAGAAUCCGAUGAGGCUGCAUCUAUUUUCUGUCGUGCUAUUGAUUCUUCGGGGACGUUCAUCAAUGCGAGUACCCGGUUCGCGGAUGGAUUCCGCUAUGGCUUCGGCACAGAAGUUGGAAUUAGUACGGGCAGAAUCCAUGCACGAGGACCUGUUGGGCUGGAAGGCCUGGUCAUCUACAAGUACAUGAUGAGGAGCAAAGACAAGAAGGGACACAUCGUUGGAGAAUUUGGAAACGGCAAAAAGCAAUUCAAGCACCAGCGAAUCGACGCCAAUGCUGUGCCAUUCUAAA